AUGAGCCCCUGGCCUGGGUCAAACCGGACGGCUCCGCGGGAGUUCGUGAUCCUGGGUUUCUCCGGGUGGCCCCGGGGGCUGCGGCUGCUGCUCUUUGCCUUCCUGCUGCCACUCUACCUGGCCACGCUGGUGGGAAACCUGCUCAUCCUGGGCCUGGCCGUCGGGGACCCCGCCCUGCACACUCCCAUGUACUUCUUUCUGGGGGCGCUGUCGGCCGUGGAGGUGGCCUACACGCUGGUGCUGACUCCGCGCAUGCUCGCGGGCUUCCUGCUGCCCCCGGGGGGCCAGGCGGUGGCCCGCUCCACCUGUGCUGCCCAGAUGGGCCUCUUCGUGGCGCUGGGAGGCUCCGAGUGCCUGCUGCUGGCCGCCAUGGCGCUGGACCGCUACCUGGCCAUCUGCCGCCCUCUCUGCUACCCCCGGCUCAUGACCGCGGGGCGCUGCCGGUGCCUUCUCGUCUCCUGCUGCGUUGGGGGCUCUCUCCUGGCCUUGGGCCUCACCGUGGCCAUCUUCCAGCUGCCCUUCUGCCGGGGGGGCCUCGUCAACCACGUCUUCUGUGACCUCCCGGCCGUGUUGGUGCUGGCCUGUGGGGACCGGGACCUGCAGGAGAGGGUCCUGCUGGCCGCCUGCCUGCUGCUGCUGGUGCUGCCUCUGGUCCUGAUCCUGCUGUCCUACACCAGGGUGCUGGCGGUCAUCCUGGGAGUUGGGGGGGUGGCAGGCCGCCGCAAGGCCUUCAACACGGUGGCGUCACAUCUCACCGUGGCCGUGCUCCACUAUGGCUGUGCCACGGCCAUGUACGCCAGACCCCUGAGCAGCCGCUCCCUCGAGGAGGACAAGCUGGUGUCGCUCGUCUACAUCAACCUCACGCCGUUGCUCUACCCUGCCAUCUACACGCUGCGCAACCGGGACGUGCAGGGUGCCCUGUGGCGGGUGGUCGGCGGCAGGACGUCAGGGAACGUCGUCGGGGCCGAGGUCAGCUAAUGCU